GUGUUAUUGGCUGUGCGUUUCUUGUUCCUGUUAAUCAUUUAUAUUUACAACUACAAGACGAUAAUUUCCAGGAGGAACAAGAGGCAAAGGUCUCAUCUUGACAUCAGUAAAGGAGAAGCUCCUCUUUGAAUGUCGUCCGACAUGAGGGGGAUCACAGGAAGUAUGUUCCUGUUGUGCCUUAUUAGCUUAACUAAUGCAAAUACCAGUCCUACAAUCAACGGUUUGGUUCACCAUGUGUGUGAAGACACCCCCAUAGGUGCCUAUGCGUUUAGUAUAAACGCAACAGAUGCAGACAACGACCGGCUGACUUAUGCACUCACUGAGCCCAAUGCCGCAUAUUUCGCAGUAAACAGUGCCACUGGAGAUGUGUCAGUCAAAAGGGAACUAGACAGAGAGGCCUCUAAUGUAAUGCCGCUUGGAGUUACUGUCUCUGAUGGUCUCAAUAGUAUAAGCAGAACCUUAAAUAUAAUAUUAAACGAUACCAACGACAGCAAACCCAUUUUCCUGCAAGCGGCAUAUGAUGCUUCGGUCCAAGAAAAUGCCACAGUAGGUACAUCUCUGUUUAGGGUGCAGGCAACAGAUGCAGACACUUCAAGUGCUGGUGUUGUUAAAUACAGCAUUGAUGAAGUCACUCCAAAUGAUGGCUUCAGUCUUUUCAGCAUCUCAGCCACAACUGGGGAAGUCAGAUUAAGUGGACGUCUGAAUUUUACUGCGCUGAGCACUUUCUAUCGGCUGAAGAUUAACGCAACUGAUGGUGGAGGCCAGUGUUAUUUUACUGACACCAAAUUCCACUCAAGCACUGUUUUUUCCAUCAUUACGGUUGUGGAUGUGCCAGACCUUGACCCACUGUUCAUUGGUAUUCCCUACAUCGGGAGAGUUGAAGAGAAUUCUCGACCGGGCCUGUCUGUGUUUACAGUGACUGCCAUAGACCAGGACUUAGAAGUCAAUGAUGAUAUCAUCUAUACCAUUGAAGAUUCCACAGCAGAGGGCUUGUUUACAAUCUCUCCAACUGAUGGCAUCAUAUCUGUGUUGUCAAACAUUGACAGAGAAGCUAUCGGUGACAGUGUUACCCUGACUGUAAAGGCUACUGAGGUUAAUAAAAACAUCCACGGGAUCCAUGCCAGCACCACAGCAGAUGUACAGAUCAGCAUCAUCGACGUCAAUGACAACCCGCCGGAGUUUUACAUGUGUGGACACUCCUGUGUAAAUGAGAGUCACUUCACAGGAGAGGUCAUUGAGCACUUGAGCUCUGUUUCCUUCAACAUGACUGUCAAAGAUCUGGAUAAGAUUUCCAAAACUAAACUAACCCUGGAGGGGGAAGACAAGGACGUGUUUUCCGUAGAACCCACAACCACCAUGUCAACCAGCAUCGUUCAGCUUCUGGUCAAGCAGCCCCAAAAACUGGAUUAUGAAGUGACACAGCAAAUGGUUCUACAAAUCAUUGCCAUAGAUGAAGAUGAACCCACCCUCCGCUCCACUGCUACAGUUACUAUUAACAUCAAGGACGCUAAUGACAACAGCCCCAAGUUUCCACAGGACACAUAUAAGUUGACGGUGCCUGAGCACUCUCCUGUUGGGACAAUAUUGGCCAACAUUACUGCAGAGGAUCCUGACACAAUGGAUCAAGGCAACAUCACCUACAGACUUCUUCCAGACAGCAUCCUACUGUAUUUUGACGUGGAAGAAUAUACAGGCACGGUUUACGUGAAGAAUGCUAGUCUGGUGGAUCGUGAGGUCAGAUCUCUGUAUUCGGCCACUCUGCAGGCCAGAGACACAGAGGGCAAGCCAGGGUCAACAGUGCUGGAGAUCACUUUGACUGACAUCAACGACCAACCCCCAGUCAUCAACAGAGAGUAUUACAGGGAGUUUGUUAAAGAGGGUGAAGACCUUAAAGUUACAAUUGAGGCUACUGAUGCAGAUGAUGCUGAUUCAGUAAACAGCCAAAUCGUGUAUGCAAUCGAACCAAGCAGGUUCAGUGAUAACUUCACCAUCGACCCUAACACCAAUGUGUUAAGAAACGUAGGUGUGCUUGAUCGUGAGGCCCUGGACCCAGAGCUGGGCGGUAUAAUCGAGGUCAAUGUGACAGCUACUGACAAGGGUACUCCCCCAUUGAGCGACGUGGUCACAGUUAUCAUCAAUAUAGAGGAUAUCAAUGACAACACACCACAGUUCAAAGCCUCCUCUUACAAUUUUUCCGUCAAAGAAGGAGAUAAAGGUGCCUUUGUGGGUUGUGUUCAUGCUGUGGAUUUGGACCAAACGAAGGAAUUUAACCGCAUUUCUUUCAGUAUCAUUGAAGGAAGCUUUGGUAGCUUCAUCAUUCGCACCUUUGCAGAUGAGCGGGGUUACAGUGGAAACAUCACUGUGGACCCUGACAUUGAGCUGGACUACGAGAGUGCCCACAAGCAUUACAAACUGCGGGUAGAGGCAGCAGAUAUGGAUCAGAAUAAAGCUGUGGUGACAGCGGAUGUCCACAUCAUUGACGUGAAUGAUGAGAGGCCAGAGUUCUUGCCAGUAGGCCCUGUGGAAGUGGAUGAGAACACCACCAUCAGUGGGGCUGUUGGCAACUUCACAGCAGUGGACAAAGAUGGAAACCACUCACUGGUCUAUGAGCUGGUAUCCAUGAAAUGCAGAUGUGAAGGCUCUUGGACACCUUGCAGCUGGUUUAUCCUGGAUCCAACGGGGGAUGUCAGAGUCAACCCUGAGCACACAGUGGAUUAUGAACAAUGUGACGAGGUGGAGAUAGAAGCUCAGGUGGUCGACGAAUACACAGAGAAAGGAGAAAACAACAGUGUCAAAACAGCAAAAAUGGAGAUUGACAUUAAAGACAUCAACGACAACACUCCUGAAUUCAUUUUGUCAGAUCUGGUAUUCGUUGUGGUGUCAGAAAAAACAAGUAAGGGGACAACAGUUGCAAGAGUCACUGCUACAGACCGUGACUCUGGACUAAAUAGGCAGAUUAAGUUCCAAGUAACAGCAGUCCAAUUUCAAGAAACCAACAAAGACCCAACCAACAAGAAGUUGCUGUUCAAAGCUGAAACCACAAAUGACGGUGACGUUUAUAAAGGAAUUAUUCAAACUACCGAGGGGCUUGAUAGGUCCCUGAAAGGGAAGUAUUUAGUAACAGUGAAUGCAACUGACACCGGUAACCUCUCAAACAGCACCAUACUGGAGAUUAUCACAGUUGAUGAAUCAUUUAAAGUGGAACUUGAAUUCAGAUCUUCCAAAGCCGAAGUCGAAGAAAAUGAAAUUAAAAUCACAAAUGCGCUUCAAUUUGCCACCAAGGCCAAGGUUGAAAUUACUGCAAUCAGGGUGAACAGUGCUGAAACCGUAAGGGCUGCAGGUCAGACUAUCGUAGAGGCAUAUUUUGUCUACUUGAACGGGACUGCUCUCAGCUCGACUGAAGUGGAAAAGAUCAUCUCUGAUCCUGAACACUCUUCUGUGCUCAUAGGGCUCGGCCUCUCGGACAUUGGGAAGACAUCGGCGGUAGUAGAAGAAACAAACCCUGUGCAGUACGUUCUGCUGGGGAUAGUGGCGGGCCUCGUCAUCGUGCUGGCUGUUCUCACCACUUCAUUGAUGUGCACUCGCAGAAACUACAGGAGGAAGCUGAAGGCGGCUAAAGCCAUGAACUCUGCAUCCAUGGUGACUUCUGACAACCAGAAAAGUGGUCCUGUGGUGCCUGGAACCAACAAGUACACCAUGGAGGGGGCUAAUCCUGUCCUCAACCUCAACAUCGACACGACCAUGGUCCUGGACAUGGACGAGGAGAGCUCAGAUGUGGACAAAGUCAGCCUCAACUCCCUGGACUACAGCAGUGAUGUGACCUUUUCUGAAAAGGAUAGGCCCAUGCAGAUGAUCCAGGAGGAGGAGGAGGAGGAGGAGAAAGACAGUGGGCCACCCGAGUACAUCGAGCCUCUGGGUGCAGCACUUGCCCAGCGGGGCAAGAAGAAAGGCUCCGACAAUCCUCGCGUGGGUUACGAUAACCCCGCAUUCAGCACUACAGACCUGUGAUGGAAACAGUGACGCUGACAGAGGCCUCAGAUGGACAUUAUGUUGCUUCUCUGUAAUCAGGCUGACCAAAUUACACUUCGAUGGUGUUGAAGUCCUUGUGUCUUCACAUAGCCUUCUGUUGUGACCAUUAGUAAUGUAUCAUUGACUCCAUGCACAAGAUUCAAUCUAAGGUGAUGAAUUUGCUUUGUCUAAACAUUCAGUUCAAGGGAAAACACAACAGAAAACCAAAAUGAGAGACGUUACUCCACUAUACACACACUAUAAGUGUACCACAUAGUAUCUCAGUCUCAUGGAAUUGGGUUUGGUUAUUAAAUUGACUGUUUAGUUGUCCAACAGUCAAAGUAAUAGUUUGACAUUUGGGAAGAUAUGCUUAUCAGGAGAGAAGAUUGAUGCCACUGACACAUAAAGCUCCAGCCAGGAGACAUUUACCUUAGCGUAGCUUUAAGACUGGAAGCAAAAAAAAAACAAAGAAAAACAUCUAGCCUGACUUUGUUCAAAGCUUAAAGGAGCACUUCACUCCCAAAAUGAUUAUUUUUUGUAUAUCAGUUGCUCACCCUGUGUCACACUGAAUUCCUGAGGAAAGCUUUGUUCUUCUCGCAUGCCUCCACGGUGAACGAAAAAUCCAAAAACAGAAAAUUCAUGAUGAAUUGAAGCAUAGGGGUCCAUGUUUAACAACAUCAAAACUAUAUCAAAACAUCCAUUUAGAAACUGCCAUACAAGUAUACAGUAUAAUCCAAGUUCAUUUAUCCAGACGUUUGCUCAGUGCUUCCCAAACAGAUGGCCCUUUCAGGCAGAGAAUUAAACUAAAAGUGAAAUUUAUCAGACUCUGUGGACAAAUGCAGUAAUUUUCCUCGCUGAACAUGGGAGCUGCUGGUCUUUCGAUGCCUCAAUCAAUUAGUUAGUUUGUGUUAUUGUGUGACAGUGUUCACUUCUAAGUUCAGUUCCUUGUCCGAAAGAGCCGUCUAUUCGGGAAGUGCUAAGCAUAUGACUGGAUUUAUCAGACUUGGGUUAUACUGCACGAGUUGUGUGAGAGUUUGUAAAUGGAUGUUUUGACAUCUGUUGUUAAAGGUGGCCCCCAUUAACUUAAUUCUGUUUUUGGAUUCUUUGUUCAUCAUGUUCACGUCACAAGUAAAACGUUUUCAACAUGAAUUCUAUGUAACACGAGGUGAGUGACUGAUACACAAGUGAUGGUUUUGGGGGUGAAGCAUUCUUUUCCUGUGUUAAGUCUAAGUACAUAAGUAAGGUAACUGCCUGCUGGCUGUAGCUUCACAUUUAGUGCAAAGACAUAAGCAUAUUUCCCCAACGUCAAACUCUUCCUUUUAAAAUGUCUUAAAACAAGUCUUAUCUAGACCAAUGGUUCCCAACUGGUCCAUCAACAGGGUCCAGAUUUCUCCUCAGUUAUUAGUUCAAGGUCCACCCAUUUUAAAAUGUUCAGCGUCAUGUUGUCGAACUAGUUUGCUGCCUCUGUUAAGUAGCUGUUUGUCAUUCACUCAUUCCACAGCAGGAAACAGCAUUUCAAAAUAAAAGCUCUGUGCCAGAAAUUUCUUUACUUCAAAAUAAAGUGUGUUUUUUUACAAACACAUGUUCCCAGGUCACUUGCGGUCCAUUCAGAACAGACUCAUGACCGACUUUUGGACCAAGACCCACAGCUGGGAACCACUGAUCUAGACAAUAAAAGAUUGGACAGAAGCAAAGGGAAAGCAAACAAAAACAUUUGUUGCACAAGAGAAUCACUUUAUUUUUGUUAACAUAUUAAGCGACGGUUUAAAAACUGUUUGGUUUGCUUUGAAAUAAAUUGUAUUAUACGUUAUGUCAACACACAAUGUUAAUUUUUCUUGCAGCUGAUGCUACUAGAAAGAAAAUCCAAAAACAAAAAAAGUGGAAAAUAUUGCAUAAUGUCGGUGUAUGAAUGAAUUGCUUAUUUAUGACAGCAUGUCCGCCAAAAGGCUUAACUUUGUGAGUGUUUAAUUUGUCAGUGUUUGCUUUGGGUUUGAGAUACUUGUUGCUGAAAUAAAACCCCAUGCAGUGUGACUUAGCGACUUCCUACAAGCAGCGGAAUGCAAGGAUUAUUUCACACUUUACUGACAUCUAAAUGAAUGUAUCACAAGUGCAAUCUGUGAAUAAAAUCACUUUCUCCAAA